AUGUCUUUUCUCACCAACGCCGAGAUUCUAUCCAUAUUCGGAGAAUUAAGCAAAGUCCCUCGCGGCUACGAAUCCUUCUUCAACCACGUCGAUGACAAUGUGCACUGGGAAAUCACAGGACAAAACGCUUUAUCAGGAAUAUGCAGGUCGAAGGCAGAAUUCUUGGAUAAGGUGUGGCUGCCUAUCAUCAAACUGAUAGCAGAACCAGGCCCUAUAUUUGAAAUAGCCUGCCCUGAUAGCAUCACAAGAAACGAUGAAGGGUGGGUUAACGUUGAGUUGAAGACCAAAGACACCCGAACAAAACUGGGCAAUCGUUUGUAUAGCCAACAUUAUUCCUGGCACUGCAAAAAGAAGAUCGUUCAAGUGAGAUGUUUCUUCGAUACAAGUCUAGCAGAAACUGUACUUCUGGAUGAGAAAUACAGACAACAGGCACUGGCCAUCCUGCCGAACGAUGGAAGGCCGGGAAUGGGCGGCCCGGACUACCCCUCAAUACCCUUCGAUCCUGCUUAUAAGCGAUUCUUAAAUGAGUUCUAUCUCCUGAUGGACUCACCAAAUGAGCACUAG